AUUUUGAGUGGUACUAUCGAACAAACAGUUGAAAUAACGUAAUGAUGUGGUUCUUGUACGUUUUUGGUUUGAUGACAUGUUUUGAUGUUGCAAUUGGAAGUUGUUAUCGACAAAAUGAUUUAACUCAGGGUCUUCUUGAUAUGUUGUCGAAAAUUAAUAAGAACAACAGACAUCCAAACAUAGAUUCUAAGACAAGACCAGUAUUUUUCGCUUCACUUACAAAACGCCCUACAACUGUGCAUGUCAACGAAAUUGUAAAGUUUGAUGACGUCAGAGUGAAUAGAGUAAAAGCGUAUCAACCUUCUACAGGAGUUUUUACAGCACCAAUUGCUGGUAUCUAUGCUUUUAAUUGUGUAAUUUCUGCAGAGUCCGGUCAGAAAUUUGGAUACCAAAUGAAUAAAAAUGAUGCAGUGUAUGUUAAUGGAUAUACAUCUGACGCUAAUUUUGGAUCCCAAACUACAAGCGUGAUCAUCGAACUGAAAAAGGGGGACAUAGUGUAUAUCAAACAUAGACAUCAGAGAACAGAAACCAUUGCCGGUAACAACUAUACUUACUUUUCUGGAUAUUUUUUACAUGAAUAA